CCCUCCCUUUCUUCCUGUGCACUCCCCUCUGACCUCACUUCUAGCUCACCAUGGACGUGGACAUGCGCAACAAGGAAGACUUCGACGACAAAAGUGGUGUGGUAAGCGGGAGAGAUCGUGACAGAGAUCGAGACAGAGAUAGGGACCGUGAAUUUGACCGUGACAAGGACAGAGACAGAGAAAGAGAGCGGGACAGAGACAGGGACAGAGACCGUGAACGCGACCGAGACCGCGAUCGUAGAGAUCGUGAUAGGGACCGUGAACGGGACAGAGACCGUGAGCGGAGGGACUCGGGUCGCGGCCGUCGCACUGACCAUUGGGAGCCCGAAGAGCGGCGAAAUGGAGAGCGGCGUAAGCGCUCUCGCAGUCGCAGUCGAUCGAGGUCUCCUCGUAAACGGUCUGCGUCGCCGCGAGACCGGAGACACACUCGACGUUCCAGGUCGAGAUCCCGCUCUCGGAGUCCGUCGAACUCUCGCAGUCGUGACCGCAGGGCCUCGGAUCCGUUUGCUCGUUCCCUAGGUGGUCCCAUGAAUGCCCCUCACGAAGAAGCCGUCGAGUUCGGCAAGAUCAGCAAAAGAGAAAACCGGGUUUAUGUCGGCAAUCUCAGUUACGAUGUCAAGUAUCGCGACCUAAUGGAAUUCAUGAGGGGAGCUGGAGAGGUUCUCUUCGCCGAAGUACUCGUCACUCCAACUGGUGUCUCCAAGGGCUGCGGUAUCGUCGAAUUUGCUUCGCCUGAAGAUUCACAAAGAGCCAUUCGCGAGCUCUCUGAGGUCCCGCUUCUAGGUCGGCCUGUAUUCAUUCGUGAGGACCGUGAAAAUGAAUCGCGCUUCGGUGCGACCCCUGUCCCGGGAAAAAUUGGUAUGGCAAUGGCAGGUCAAGGUCUUCACGCGCAGCCCCCUCCUCGCCCUGCACACCACAAUUACUUUGGUACCCAUCAGAAUCCAGGCAAUCAGCUUUACGUGGGGAAUCUGCCUUACCAAGCGGGAUGGCAGGACUUAAAAGAUUUGUUUAGAGCUGCAGGAAAUAUCAUCCGCGCCGAUAUCAACAUUGGUGCUGAUGGUCGCCCGAAGGGGUCGGGUACAGUUGUCUUUGAGACUUCAAAAGAUGCCCAACAGGCAAUCAGCAUGUACAAUGGUUUCGACUGGUACGGGCGCACCUUGGAAGUCCGUGAGGACCGUUACGCUGGCCUCUCUGGCCCGUUCCGUGGCUUUAGAGGCGGCUUCAGAGGCAGUGGCUUCCGUGGCGGCUUCCGAGGUGGUUAUCGCGGUGGUUUCCGUGGAGGAGGAGGGGGAGGUUAUGCACAUGGUCCUGGUCGUGACUUCUCCAGUCAGGACCUGUAUGCAGACUACCCCGGCCCCGACUCCGGUCAUGGUGGACUCCGCAUGGACAACUACGGAGGGUAUGGUGGUGGUGGCGGUGGAGGUGGCGGCAGCGCUGGUACUGGUGCUGGCUACAUGAGUAGCGGCUACGAGGCCGAGCCCAGCCAGCAAAUCAUGGUUCGCAACCUUCCAUGGUCGACGGCAAACGAGGACCUUGUAGAGUUGUUUGAGACUACAGGGCAGGUCGAACUAGCUGAAAUUCUAUUCGAUGGGACGCGCUCCAAGGGAUGUGGUGUCGUCCAGUUCUCGCAGGUCCCAGAAGCCGAGACUGCCAUCGCUAAAUUCCAGCACUAUAUGUAUGGUGGUCGUCCUUUGGACGUGCGCUUUAACGAUCGCUGGCAUACCUUCUCGCCAUCGGCUGCCAAGGGUGGUCAAGUUAUGCCUAUGCAAGCGGAUGGUUGAGAGGGCGCGCGUGAUACGUAGUGACCAAGGAUUGCCUUUAUCUUUGUGACAUGCUUCUAUUCAAAACUGUGCAGAUUUCAAGUUGGUGUCUCAGACAUUCACACAGAAUGAUUUUGUUUUGUCUGUUCACGUUCCGACCGCAGGUACGAAAAAAUAUACACAUGUAAUGACUUGACCCAUGUUCAGCUUUCCACAA